CGAACAAGUGGUUAUUAUGGUACCACACUCCCAUCUGGCGGCGAGUUUGGGAGACUGUCACCAACAUGCAAAUUUGAAAGGAGCUUUAGGCGCCGUGUUUGGGAUAACAUUGAGCCCUCCCUGCUGCUUUACCAGUCCAUACAGCUUUGAUGAGGAGUUUGUUUCUCCCCCAUAAGCAGUGGGUCACAACUCCCAACUUACACCAGGUACCUAAUCACUGCUAGGUGAACAGGGGUUACACAACAAAGGGGUCUGCCCAAAGACCCCUAACCUGACCUGGGAAUUGAACCCAGGAUCUCCAUGUACUGAAUAGGGGGUGCUAACUACUGCAGCACCAGGCCAUCAGUGAAGUCACAGUAGCAGAAAUAUGGAUGACUCGCUGGACUUCCUGAAGGAUGGCGCCACGCCUCGCACACUCUUGCGCCGCUUCAUGGCAGUGGCAGAUGUGCAGGAAACUCCGAUUCCCUUCAGAACCCGAGGAGCUGGAGCAAAGAAUGCCUCCACUCAGGAGACUCAGAGUGGUGCCAAGAAGAGAAGAUCCACCAGAAUAAGCAAAGGAGAGCAAAGCAUGUCUCGUGAAGUUCUCCGCCAGCAGGCAAAACAGUCUUCAUCUUUUAUGGACCAGACCCUUAAUGCAAGUGUUAUUCAAGGUGCCAAUCAAACAUAUGCCAACAUUGUUGCUCAAGAUAGUGACUCAUCUUCCUCCCUGAUCACAAGUUUUGAUAUGGAGAAAGCAGCAAAAUGGCAGAAGAGGAAGAAGAAGAAGUUGGAAGAUGCAUCAGUUCCAGCUGAAGUGGUGCCCAAACCUCCUGCAAAAAAGAAAAGUAAGAAGAGAGGUCUCCCAUCAACUAACACUACUAUAGCAUCCAUAAGUGAGAAAGGAAAGUCUGGGGAGAAGGCUGCUGACACUACCAAUAUCUUAGCUCAGGAAAUCCAGCCUGAUGAGCCACAGACUCAAAGUACACACCCCGCUAUAGAAGCAAAUGCAGCAGGAAACAAGUCAAAGGUCAGCCUACUAAGCACUGCAUCACCUGUAGCAGGAGCAGAAAAAAUUAUAUCUGAUGUUUCUGCUGAUGUUUCCUCUUUAGCUGAUGGAUCAUAUUCUUUUAUAUCAGAAAAGGAUGACUCUCAUUUAAACAUAGAGAAGACCAAGGUUAGGUUUAGCAAUCAGAUUAAGUCUCGUAAAUUAAAUCUUCCUUCUAUAAUUGAACUUUUACCAACAAAACAAAAGUUCACUGAUCCACAAACUAUUGCAAGUGCUGAAGAUGCUUUGGAUGCUCCAGACUUGCAGGCUCCUUCCUCUGCAGAAUCCCCAGCAGUAUCACCUGAAGCCUCACAAGAAUUAAAUAACAAGACAUCCCAGGACAUGAGUAAUGAUUUUAUCCCCCCUCCUUUAAGCUUCAGGGAUGAUGAUACCUUUACAACAGACACUUUACGUGAAGCUAAUUUCUCAGCUCAUGACAUGGUUAACAGAAUUUCUGCAACAUUUAUUCACCAAGAAGAACCUGAAGCAAGCCAAGGCCUGCUAAAUGUGCAGGAGGAAGAUGCACCAAUAGAUCUUAAAGGUACUCCUGCAGGUCAACUGAAGCCUGUGAGUGAAGUCAUCACACCCACACCCAUGCUCACAAGAUCAGCACAGAGGAAGAGUGUGGGUGAGGUCAUACCCACAAGGUCAUCACAGAAGAGUGUGGCUGAGGUCACUGCCACCACCACACCCAAAAGGUCAGCACAGAGGAAAAUUGUGGGUGAGGUCACUGCCACUAUCACACCCACAAGAUCAUCACAGAAAAAUGUGGCUGAGGUCACUGCUACCAUCACACCCACAAGAUCAGCACAGAGGAAGAGUGUGGGUGAGGUCACUGCAACCACCACACCCACAAGAUCUGCACAGAAGAGUGUGGGUGAGGUCACUGCCACCAUCACACCCACAAGGUCAUCACAGAGGAAGAGUGUGGAUGAGGUCACUGCCACCACCACACCAACAAGGUCAUCACAGAGGAAGAGUGUGGGUGAGAUCACUGCCACCAUCACACCAACAAGGUCAUCACAGAUGAGUGUAGCUGAGGUCACUGCCACUAGCACACCCAAAAGACCAUCACAGAGGAAGAGUGUGGGUGAGGUCACAGCCACCACCACACCCACAGUGUCAAGAAGGAGUGUUGGAAAGAAUGUAACAUCUGUUUUGGUGAGUCCUCAAAUUGAAGACACAAGUGGGGCAUCAUCACAUCCUGAGGGAGAAGAGUCUCAUGACGCCCAAGAGAUUGGUGAAUCAGCACAAGGUGUUUCUGGAGGUGAUGAGGAAGAUGAAUUAAAAGAUGAGAGUUCUAACAAGAAGAGGAGAAUGAGUGGCUCUUUGUCUAAAGGUGCUGCUCAAGAUGUCUUGCCAGAGGAUGCUAUUGAAGAAGCACCACUUUCUGAUAGUGAAGAUGAAUAUUACCCGAAUUCAGAACCAGUACACCUAUCCUUUCAUGGCAAUGAUAGGAGUAUGACAACUGCCUCACCAGUAGACGCUCUGAAGGUAAAGACUACACCAACGCCUAAAGUACAACCACCAGUUCCCUUUACUACAGCCAAAGUAAGACAAAUGACCAUGAAGGAGUUUCUGGAGCAGCUGAAGACAAAACCAGUGCCACCACCAGUCCCUAAACCCAAACCAUUGUUGGCCAGUCUUCUUGGAGCCUCAUCAUCCAGCAAGAUCUUAGCUAAGCCUCCACAAAAACGUAAACGCAAAAGAGGUACAAAAACACCAGAGCUGCCAGCUACUCUUCCUCGGUCACUCACCAAGGAACUGUUUACUCAUUUCACCAAGUGUCGAGUGACUUCUGCGGCAGUGGAAGAGGUGGUGAAGUGCAGUGAGAUAUUUUGGUCAAGCUUAACAAAGGACAUAUUUUCCACGGUUUCUGACACUUCCAACCAAAUUGAAGCCAGCGAUGUGGAGAAGGUGAUGAAGCGGGUUAAGAUAAUUACCCCAGAACAGACUGUCAAUUCACUUGUGGAAGAACUACUGCCUAUGGAAAUGUGGGAUAUGUUCAUGCCUCUCCCAGAUGCUGCCAAAAAUCCAUUCCCUCCUCUCACUGGCAAGCUCCCUAACCUAUAUCAACCUGAUGACCUGGAGGAGGAUGAAUCUGCAGUGAAGUAGGAUGGACAGUAAAAUGCCUUCUUAAUAUUUGAUUCCAUUUCUAUGAAGUAGGUAAAUAGUAGUUGUAUAACAUAUUUUUGAAGUAGAUUAUAAAUAUUUUUUAUUUUAAGCCAAAGUUGAGAGGAAUAUUCCUUUAAAGAUAGAAAAAAAAAUGUUCUUUUUGUUUUUUGUAUAUUGAUCUUUGACAUCAAUAAAAUUUUGUAAUCCUA